AUGAGCUCUCCCUUCUUUGAUACUGGUAACGAAAGCAGCUCAGAAGAAAGGCGGGCGACGAAGCAUUUCAGUUUGGCGGCGGCCGCCUCUCGCCCCUUGCAAUUUUCGAUAAAUGAUGAAACUAAUCAGGCGGAGAUAACGUAUCGACCUGCGUCUGCCUCUACGCGGCUGGAAGCAACUUUUGAUGUUGAUUUAUCGGGCUCUGGGCCCUCAAAUGCCUAUCAGUAUGCAGUGUUGGGGCCGAGCGUGGGUCACAACCCAGAAAGUUUUGCACCCUCGCUGCGCUCGAAUGCUUUUCUCCCUCACGACCUGGAAUCAGCUAAUCGUUUUAACCUUGUGGCCUCUCAGCCCUCAAAUGCUCAUCCAGCCACGCUGAGUUCGGAUGACGGCGGGGAAAACGUUGCUUCAUCGCCCUCGAAUUCCUUUGUCUCUACGGAGCCAGAAGCAGAUGAUCAUGAUAAAAUUUUGGGUCGGCAAUUCUUAAAUGCAGAUCUGGAUGCAAAUAGUCUGGAAAACAACCAAGGAACUUUCAUUAUGCUCUCCGAUCUCGCUCCUUUGCCAGGCGAUGAGACCCCCACCACCACCACCACGCCUGAAAGUAUUUCUGAUGGCACCACCAGCACGCCUGAAAGUAUUUCUGAUGGCCAAAACCACCUGUCUCCCCAAGAUGUGGCACUACCAGCUCCCAAUACUGCUGAUUCAAGAUACCGUGAGUUACCGGCCACAACACAUCUGGAGGCAAUGCCGAGUUUGGACAACAACCAAGGAAAUUUCCUUCUGCCCUCCGAUUUCUCUCCUUUGCCAAGCGGUGAGACCCCCACUACCAUCACGCCUCAAAGUAUUUCUGAUGGCGAAAACCACCCGGCUGCCCAAGAUGUGGUACUACCAGAUCCCAAUGCUGCUGAUUCGAGAUACCGCGCUUUGCCGGAUGGCACCUUCAGCUGCAACAUGUGUGUCCGUGUCUGUAGGCGGGAGAAUAAUAUCAGGCGGCAUGUCACGCAUCAGCACCCAAUGCCAGGAUUCCCUGUCCCCAGGUAUCCCUGUGAUCACCCUGGUUGCGGUAAAUCAUACGCUUUUCCAGGCGAACUUGCGGCACAUAAGAGGAAGGACCACGAGGGGAAACCAGCACAGAAGCGGAAAAUGAAGGCCAAGGCGUCCGACGAGAUUUACUGGUGCAAUUACUCUGACGUGUGUCGCAAGAUAUUCAAGACUGUGCAGGGAAUUGAAGCACACUUGAACAAAGUGCACAACGUUGACGUGCAAAUGUCGGGACUCUUGGUACGCGAGAUGGUGCCGACCUUGUCUGGGCCUCAUGAUCCGGUCCCUGGCCCCUCACGAGAGAGGAACGAACCGAAUGUGCCACCUCUGAAGCGUCGGAAAAUGAACCUGAAGGUGCCUGAUAAAAUAUACCGGUGCAAGUACUUUCCGGUAUGCAAAAAGGAGUACAAGAUGUGGGGAAGAUUCCGGAACCACAUGAGGAAUGUGCACAUGGAGGUCGUGGAAAUGGCGGACUAG